AUGUUGUUGUUAAAGAAUCAUACCAGUGUGACAGAAUUCAUUUUUGUGGGAUUUAUGGAUCACCCAGAGCUGCAGAUUCCUCUUUUUGUGCUGUUCCUUGGUAUUUAUAUCACCACCCUGGUGGGGAACUUUGGUAUGAUUAUUUUAAUCCAGAUUGAUGCCCGACUUCAGACUCCAAUGUAUUUCUUCCUCAGUAACCUGUCUCUUGUAGAUGUUGGUUAUUCAACAGUCAUUGCCCCUAAGAUGCUCAUGACCUUUGUAUCUGAAAACAGAACCAUUCCCUUCAUUGAGUGUGCUGUGCAGUUUUAUUUUUUCUGUAUCUUUGUAACAAAUGAAUGUUGUCUUUUGGGUGUGAUGGCCUAUGACCGCUUUGUAGCUAUUUGCAAUCCAUUACUUUAUCACACCGCAAUGUCCAAGAGACUUUGUAUCUCGCUUGUCAUUUUGUCAUACAUAACUGGUUUUGUGAACUCCACUGCACAGACAAUUUUUAUAUUUAGUUUGUCUUUCUGUGGCUCCAAUGUAAUUAACCAUUUCUUCUGUGAUAUCCCUCCAAUCCUGAAGUUGUCCUGCUCUGACAUCCACAGUACAGACAUUGUUCAUUUUACCUUGUCCACAAUAGUUGUCAUGAGUACUAUCUUGAUUGUCCUAGUGUCUUAUGUUUCCAUUGUCACCACCAUCUUAAAGAUCAACUCUGCUGAGGGUAGGCGCAAAGCUUUCUCUACCUGUGCAUCCCAUAUCAUGGCUGUGACUAUCUUCUAUGGAACUCUGAUCUUUAUGUAUUUGCGGCCUACCUCGGGCUACACAAUGGACCAAGACAAAAUUAUCUCAGUGUUUUAUACACUGGUGAUCCCUAUGCUAAACCCUUUGAUUUAUAGUCUGAGGAACAAGGAAGUGAAGGAAGCUGUGAAAAGGGCAAUUGGCAGAAAGAUCUUUGCUUGUUGA